AUGACCGACCCCGGCUGGGCGGCCGAGAUGAGCAAGCUCACCGUCGGCCUGACUGUGCUGCUCGUGGCCUAUGCGGUGGCGCACAAGCAGCGCCUUAAACGGCGAACAAAAAAAGCUGCCUCCGUGGACCCUGACAAACUGUGGCCAAAGGUCCCGGGCAUGGAGCGCGGCUCCGUGCUCACCGAGCAGGGUGUGCGCCUGGCGACUUUCCGAUUUGACGCGCAGCACCCGAAAGCGGCCGCGAUUCUGGUGCAUGGCGUUGGCGUAUCCUGCCGCUUUGAGUUUCUGCGCACGACGUGCGACGGCGGACUGCGGGACCGAUACGAGGACUCUGCGCUUGACAUCAUGCGUAGGGCGGGCAUCAGCAUCCUGGGGUACGACCACCAGUCUCACGGCUCUAGUGAGAGCCUCGAGCCCGGCGUUCGCUGCUACAUUGACCAGUUCGACGACCUGUGCCGCGAUCUGCUCCUCGUGCACGAGACCUUUUGCGCCUCUCUCCCCGCGGGAACCCCCGUCUUUUGGGUCGGCAUCUCCAUGGGCGGCGGCGUCGCGGUGCGAGCUGCGCAGAUGCUCGCCACGUCACGGCCCCCGCGGGGGCUGGUGCUCCUCGCCCCAAUGAUAUCCCUCACCGCCAUCCGCGAUGAGUACUUCUGCCGGUGGCUCGGCCUCCGCAACGGCCACCUCGUGCCGCUGAUGCACUCGCUCUCGCGCCUGGUGCCGAGGCUGCCCAUCGUGGCUCGUGCAAAGAGCGCGGUGCACCCUCACAUGGAGGCGGAGCUGCAGGCUGACCCGCUGAACUGGACGCGAUCAUUCCGUGUGCGCGUGAGCUGCAACCUCCUCGCCAUCCACUCCAAGGCCGACACCUUCACAGAGCCACUCGGCUCGCUGGCCGUGUACGAGCGGUGUGCGUGCGCCGGCUCCAGCGCACUGGUGUUGAUUGGCGGCAGCGCGGAGGGCGAGGUCCAGAUGAAAGGCGCGCCUCUGGCACACAGUGCACUGAAGCGCCUCACGUCUCUCGGUAUGUGGCACGCGCUGACGACAGAGCCAGGCUUCGAGGAGGUGGCGGCGGCUGUGGCCGAGUGGAUCCUGGCGGCAGCGGAGCGUCCACCGCAAGAAAAGGCCUGA